AUGGACGGCGACGUCACCUUCACAAUCGAAAACGGCACCGUGUGUAGGUGAUGCUUGUCGAGAGAACUAGAGAAGCCGAAUCCACUCUAUGCAGCCCCUUUUGCAGCUUUGUUGCUGUUCCUUGUUCGUGUUGCCUCCGUCGUGGGCUUCGGAGGUUCUCCGUCGGCUUCCUCGUCCGUGUAGGUGUAACUAAAAUCUGCUGCACAUCUGAUGUAAUGGACAAAAUUAUCAUCGGGACAACCACCUUUCUGAGGAACUUUUGUAUCAUGUAAUGUGUACACCAUGGCCGCAGAGGAAGAGGUCUUCUCAAAUCUACUGCGUGGAUAUGCAAAAAAUUUUAAAUUACUUAGUGGAAGAGCUAUUCAUGCUAAAUUCAUUAAGGGGUCUCUUCCUUUAUCGCUCUUUCUUCAAAAUCAUUUGCUUAACAUGUAUGUUAAAUGCGGGGAUGUUAUUGGAGGCCUCAAGGUGUUUGAAGAAAUGCCUCAGAAGAAUGUGGUGUCCUGGUCUGCUGUCAUUGCAGGCUUUAUUCAAAAUGGGUAUGUUGGGGGAGCUCUUUCUUUGUUUGCGCAAAUGCACGGUGAGGGAAUGACAAAACCAAAUGAGUUCACAAUGGUUAGUGCUCUUCAAGCAUGCUCAUUAGCUGAGAGUGUGACUCAUGCUCACCAAAUUUAUACAUUAAUUGUGAAAUCAGGAUUUGAGUCAAAUGUCUUUUUAGUGAAUGCAUUCUUGACAGCUUUAGUAAGGCAUGGAAAAUUGACAGAAGCCUUGGAGGUUUUCCAGAGCUGUCCAGAGAAGGAUAUCGUGUCGUGGAACACCAUGAUGGGUGGUUACUUGCAGUUUUCUUUCAAGGAGAUUCCUGGAUUUUGGUAUCUUAUGAAUCACAAGGGUAUUAAACCUGAUAAUUUCACAUUCACAACCAUCCUCACUGGGCUGGCUGCCCUGUCUCAUCUUCAAUUGGGUACGCAAGUUCAUGGACAGCUUAUCAAGAGUGGUUAUGGGGAUGAAAUUUGUGUAGGGAAUUCUCUGGUGGAUAUGUAUAUAAAAAAUCAGAAGCUAGCUGAAGGUUUUAAAGCCUUUGAUGAGAUGCCUCAGAAAGAUGUGUGUUCUUGGUCCCAGAUGGCCGCCGGAUGUUUACAGUGUGGGGAGCCAAGAAAGGCCCUUGCAGUCAUUAUACAAAUGAAGAAAGUAGGUGUCAAGCCAAAUAGAUUCACCAUGGCAACUGCUUUAAAUGCCUGCGCUAAUAUGGCAUCACUAGAGGUAGGGAAGCAAAUUCAUGGCUUGAGGAUAAAACUUGGAGAUGACAUUGAUGUCUGUGUUGAUAAUGCUCUUCUUGAUAUGUAUGCGAAAUGUGGGUGCAUGGAUAGUGUAUGGUGGGCUUUUCAAACUAUGAAACAUUAUACUGUUAUCUCAUGGACAACAUUGAUAAUGGCAUGUGCACAAAAUGGGCAAGCUAAAGAAGCUCUUGAAAUGUUUGAUGAAAUGAGAAAGAGAAGUGUUGAACCAAAUUAUAUCACCUUCAUAUGUGUUCUUUAUGCAUGUUGUCAAGGUAGAUUUAUUGAUGAAGGAUGGAAGUAUUUCUCCUCUAUGACCAAAGACCACGGAAUUUCCCCUGGAGAGGAUCACUAUGUUUGUAUGGUGAAUCUCCUAGGCCGAGCUGGACUUACAAAAGAAGCUAUGGACCUAAUUCUAACAAUGCCAUUUGAACCACGUGCCCCAGUGUGGCAAACAUUGCUCUGUGCGUGUCAGAUCCAUGGGGAUGUAGAAACUGGGAAACUAGCUGCAGUACGAGCCAUAGAGCAAGAUAAAAAAGACCCAUCAACAUAUGUUGUAUUAUCUAACAUGUUUGCUGGAUUGAGUAAUUGGGAUGGCGUGUGGAAUCUAAGAGAACUGAUGGAGUUGAGGGAUGUAAAGAAAAAACCUGGAUCCAGUUGGAUUGAAAUUGGAAAGACUUAGAUGUGAGGAAAAUGUUGGUGAAUGAGAAGUGGAUUCAGAAGAUUCCUCAUUAACCCUCUCUGUAUGGCUGUCUCGGAUUCAGGAUGAUGUUUGGAAUCUUAAGAGAACUGAUGGAGUCAAGUAAUCUCAAGGAAAAACCAGGACCCAGUUGGAUUGAAAUUGGAAAGAUUUAAAUGUCAGGAAAAUGUUUUGAGAAGUGGAUUCAGAAGAUUCCUGGUCAACCCUCUCUGUCUUGGUACCAUUUGAAGACUUAAACUUAGCAUAUGCCUCAUAGGAGAGCUACUAACCUGAUGUUGCAGAGACUAACAUGAAGAUGUGCAUAUGAUUAUAGAAUUCUUGUUGCGGUUCCAAAUCGAUUUGUUUUGAGGACUCUAUAGCUUCUAAGACAUUUAUGUUUACUUUCGUCUGAUUUAAACUCACACUAGAGGACAGUGAAAAAUGAAGUGGGUGGUGCUUGCAUAUUGA